GUAUCUACUCUUCAUAUCUAUGGAAACACCCCUCUACUCUGAUCACGUGACUCUGGCUAAACGAAUCAGACCUCGACACGUGCCAGAGCUCCAGCUUCAACUGCACCAUUACCAGCAGAGAGCUGCAGAGGAAGCAAGUUCAGAAAGAAGCAAAGGAGCCACCAUGACAUCAGAGAUCCUCAAAAACAUCCUGGAUGAUCUGAAUGAUGAUCAGCUGCAUAUAUUCCAGUGGUUCCUGCAGCAGCCCAACAAUGUUCAAGGCCUCCCAGCCAUCAAAAAGAGCCGACUACAGACAACAGACAGGUGUAACACUGUGGAUGUGAUGGUGCAGACUUAUGGAGAUCAGAGAGCUGUGCAGGUGACCAGGGUGGUUUUACAGAAGAUCCACAGGAAUGAUCUCCUAGAGAGGUUUCCUGCCAGCAGCUCAGGACCAGAAGUGAAUGUCAGUGAUGUUGGAGAGACUUCAGAGAACAGAGAACCUUCCUCCUCUCAGACUCAGCCUCCUCUUCCUCAGACUGAAGAGUUCAGAGGGUUCACUGACCCACAGAAGGAGGAGAACUUCAGGAAGAGAUCUGGAGAUGAGGACCACCUGAUGCGGAUCCUUGCUGUCAUGGCAGAGUCUAAGGAACGGAAGGGAAUGUCACUGCCUGCGAUCAAGAAGGUGCUCGCGGCCACAAAGGUUGAUGUGACCAAGAAUGACAAACACAUCAACACCGCCAUCAGUAAGAUGGUCACCAAGGGGGUUCUGACCCAGACGAAGGGCACCGGGGCCUCCGGCUCCUUCAAGCUCGCCAAGAAGGAGCCCAAAGCCUCCAAACCAGCCAAGAAGGAGCCCAAAGCCUCCAAACCAGCCAAGAAGGAGACCAAAAAGAAGGCUCCCGCCCAAGCCAAGAAAACCACUGCAAAAGCCAAGAAGACAGCAACUAAGAAGACAGUGGUCAGCAAGUCCUCGAAGAGGGCAACAGCCAAGAAAGCCAUUAAAAAGACACCCAAGAAGAGCUCCAAGACGUCCACUGCUAAGAAGACCAAACCUGCAGCCAAGAAGGCAGCAGCUAAGAAAGCUGCCAAGAAGUGAAGCUGCUUCAUCUCCACUCACUCAGCACCAAAGGCUCUUUUCAGAGCCACGACAGCCUCCACUAAAGAGCCUCACUGCUCUCAUUUUAAAGCUCAACAGCUGCAACAAACAUAUGGAACAACAUGCUCACGUUCCAUUCAUUUACUACCGACAAAAAUAGUUAGUCACACAGAACCAAAAUUAAAUAGUUAUUAUUUUAAAAAUGCUUUGGUUAGAUUUGGAUGUUAUUUUAAAUUGUCUCUGAGUACAACAGUGCAAAGAUGCACACAUCUCCACCAGACUGUAAGUCAUAUACAGAAAUGUACUAGACCUUUAUUAUAACAAUAAUAAUAAUAACCAUAGUAAGUUUAUUUGCAUAGCACCUUUCAGAAGAACAUUCACAAAGUGCUUUGACAGGUAGAACAGAGUGUUAAAGAGAACUUUUCAGGAAGGCGAGUCUAUAAAAAUGGGUUUUCAGAAGUUUUUAUCCUGUUUUAUCUGACUUCUUACUUGUCUUUGUGUCACUUGUCUGAUAAAAUGCACAACAUUUAGGCUGACUCAGUUUGUUUUAAAAUGUGAGAUGUACACUUAUAAUGUUGAAUUCAAACCGUGUUAAUGUGAUGGUGUCAUAUCGUUCUUAGUUCUUAGAGUAGAAUCUGAUCUGUAAUUGUUUUCAGACUGUCUGACGUGAGUGUGGACUCUCAGUAACUGUAUUUAUGUUUGUCUGUAUUUUAUAUUGAUUGAUUUUAACACAGCUAUCUGUCUCCAUGCAAACCAGACCCCAACCAGCUCAUCCAAUCAAAGAAGGGGGGCUGAGCAGUCAUGUUUCUAUGCGGUCUGUAGAAGAAGAGUCUGUCUGCUCUCAGCUUCACUCUUUCAUACAGGUUCUCUCAGAAGUACCAACUCUGGAGUAGGAACUUUUAACUCCUAUAAACAGUCCUGAAAGAGGUUCUACAGGGACGGUUCCUGUGGUCAAAACAAAGACUGAUGAUGAGCCAAAAUGAAGAGAAAGUUCCUGCAGUGGAAAACAGACUAAUGUUGGAAUCUCUAAUGAACAUCAUGGACCUUCAGCUGGUGUUUGUCGCUGUGUGAUAAAAUGAGAAUUAACUGUUGUUGAUCCACAGAGUGGAGCAGCAGAACUCAGAGGUUCCCAGAGCUCAGUCUGUCCAGCAGCAUGACCUGGACUCCAUAUUCAUGCUGCUGGAGGACAACAUGGUGACUUUUGUGAAGAAGGAGCUGAAGAAGAUGCAGAAGCUUGUGAGUCCAGAUUACCCAGAAUGCUCAGAGAGUCAGAGGGAGGAUGAGGAGGAGUUGAAGGGUGAUGAUGAAGAUGAGAGGAGCAGCAGAGAGAUGUUUGAGCAGAUCACAGUGUUGUUCCUGAGGAGGAUGAAGCAGGAGAAGCUGGCUGACCGUCUGCAGAGCAAACUUCCUGCAGUUUGCGGACAUGAACUUAAAUCUUGUCUGAAGAAGAAGUUCCAGAGAGUGUUUGAGGGCAUCGCUAAAGCAGGACAGAAGACCCUCCUGAAUGAGAUCUACACAGAGCUGUACAUCACAGAGGGAGGGACUGCAGAGGUCAAUGAUGAACAUGAGGUCAGACAGAUUGAAGCAGCAUCCAGGAAAGCAGACAGAGCAGAAAGAAGCAUCAGAGCAGAAGACAUCUUUAAAGGCUCAUCUGGAAGAGAUGGACCAAUCAGAACAGUGAUGACACAGGGAGUGGCUGGCAUCGGGAAAACAGUGUUAACACAGAAGUUGACUCUGGACUGGGCUGAAGACAAAAGCAACCAGGACAUCCACUUCAUGUUUCCAUUGACUUUCAGAGAGCUGAAUGUGCUGAAAGAGAGAAAGUUGAGCUUGGUGGAACUUGUUCAUCACUUCUUCAGUGAAACCAAAGCAGCAGGAAUGUGCAGCUUUGAAGACUUCCAGGUUGUGUUGAUCUUUGACGGUCUGGAUGAGUGUCGCCUUCCUCUGGACUUCCACAACAACGAGGUCCUGACUGAUGUUAGAGAGUCCACCUCAGUGGAUCUGCUGCUGACAAACCUGAUCAGGGGGAAUCUGCUUCUUAUGAUGUUUAAAAAGCAGUUUGACUCUAUGACGUAGAAACAGCUUCUAAUAUUCUGAUGGCUGGAGACAGUGAGGCCAAAACAAUCCUGUAAAACAAGUCCCUCAUUCAGGUCAAAGAAUGUGUUAGUGCGGUUAAAUGAACAUCUAUGGAGGUCAAUGAAGCAAAGAGACUGAACACUGAAGGCUGCUCUAAUAUCUGGAUGAACUUAUGACAGGAGAACAUUUCAGGAAUCAAGAAAUAAAGUAGAUAAAGAUCUGAGACAGACCAGAGAUUAUUUUUUUUCCACUAAUCAGUGAUUACUCUGGAAAACCAUCGACAACAAAACAAACAAGAUCAAUGAGCUGAAAACUAAACUAAAGGAAGAAUUAAAGUGACAGAAGACAUUGAUUCAGUCUAAAUUUACAUCUUUCUUCAUAGCUGAUUGCUUUCCUUACUAUAUUUUCAUGGGUCAUUAAUAAUAAUUAAUUUAUAACUUAAAAUUAUGAUUUAUUUUGAUUUAAUAUGAUGUAAAAAUAAAUGAAUAUCUGUGAUUGUUCUGUUUCUGACAUUUAACAAUGAAGUGACUGUCACUGGAAUAUUCAUAAUAUUAAGGAUUAAAAACUCAUUUAUUCCAAUACCGAGUGGUCUGUAAAUAUCCUUCAACUGGAUGCAUUCAUUUACUGAGAAGUUAUUAUUUAGGUGUUUGGAUGUUGGACCAGAAGAUUUCCAUUGUGUUAAAGUGUCUUUAGGAAAAUGAA